GAAACCAUAGUUAACAGAUGUCGUACUUCGGUCAGCCCACAGUAUUGGCUUAUUCAAACUGCGUUCACUGCGCAGGCGGUUCUCUACGUUAUAAGUGUUCAACGUGCGUGACCGGAGUCAGCAUUCGUGCCGAGGUAUCAGACGCGUUCGAAAGUCACGCCAGUGAGGAAUUAUCUGCUGAUCAGCGUAGCGGCUCCGUUCGAGACCAUAUUAUAUUUUCGGCGUACGCGUGAUAAACUUGUCCGGAAGCAUGGCGACGGAGGUGGCUCAACUUCCCCAUCUAAAAGUCUUCGACCGCGUAUUGGAAUUACCCAUCGUUGAGUUGGCACUCGCUAAAUCUGCAGAGACGUAUUCGAGGGUAAAGGAAUCGCACCAGUUAAUGCACUGGGCUUUAAGUACUGCGGAAUCGUCCGUAAGCAUCGCGACGAGACAAGCAAUGCCUAUUGCCAUGCCUAUCGCGAAAAGACUUGAGAGUCCUAUAAAUUUCGUCGAUAAUACAUUAUGCUUUGGUCUUGAUAAAAUUGAAGAAAAAGUGCCGCUGGUGAAAGAGAAACCUGCACAGAUUUUAGAGAAAGCAGUAUCGAGAAUUUCGCAAGUAAACGAUUUGAUUCUCAUACAAGCGACGAAUUUGCGAGACAUCAGCUGGAAUACGGCCAAUCAUAUACUUGAUACACAUUAUGGCAGUGUGGCCGUGAGAGGUAUAGAUAGCACGGCCGUUGCUGUUGAUAAACUCAUUGAUAGAUAUUUCCCCGCAACAGAAGAAGAAAAGCCGUUAGCUGAUGAACCGAUAAAUACACCUGAAGAGGACAAGCUGCUCCAUACUUUACAAACCGUCGGUCACCUGUCCAAUAAAGCUGCUCGACGCGUGUAUCUAAACAUAAUAAACCACUUGGAUACAAUUAAGAAGGAUGGUUUAUUGAAAGCUUACGUCAACAGUUUAGUCGAGUUCCUUCGACUCACGAAGUAUCUUCACACUGUCAACGAAAAGCCACAAGUUAAUGGCGAAAAAAAGCAAGAAUCACAAGAAGAAAAGGAAAAGAGCGAGUAAAAGCACCGUUUCCUUCCUACUUUUCUCAAAAUUUCUCCACUUAUGGUUAUUUAAAUCAUCGAAAUGAAUAUCAUUUGUAUUUAUCAUCUGGAAAUAAUUGUUUAUAUUUAUUUUUAAUAAUUAUGCGCAUAUAAUUAUUAUUUGCAAUGACUCUGUGAAUAUUAUUAAGCAUUAAAUUAAUGCGAUCACACGUGUUAAUCGUUAAGAGUCAAAUUAUCGAUUAUGUGUUGAGCCUUUGAAGCCGAAAAAACAAUCGACAUUCAAAAAUAUUCUUCGGACCGCUAAUACAUAAACAUUCCUUCAUAUUACGUUGUUAAAUACAUAACAUAAAAAAAUAUAAUUGUAAAAAUAAGAUAUUGAGAGAAUUGUGUACAGAUACGUUUUAUAUUUAUGUAUUUUGUAUAAUCUAUGAAAAUAGAUAAAUAAUAUAAUAAAAGUUACAAAUGCAAUAAAUCUUUUAUCAUGAAUAUUAG